UUAAAAUACAAUUAUCAGUAUAUAAUUGUUAGAUGACUCAAUAGUAUUACAAAUUUUAAAUGAAUUAUAUGGAGUGCUGUAAACAUUCCUAAGUACACUGUUUUGGAAUAUAGAUUUUUUUGUUGCGCGCCAUGGAACGCUGCGCAAAUAGUUUACACAUGAAACUAGUAGAUAUGAAGUUUCUGAUUGUUUUCUCAAUGUAAUACUUAGCAUUAUACUUAGGGAUUCCCAGUGAGAUGGCUGAAAACAGGCAUAUAUUAGAAAUAACAACUGAAGUAAACAUGCGACCUCUCAUCUCGAUUAAAGAGUUUCUAAAUGAAUAUACGCUUAAACUCAAGAAUGAUUUCAUUUACUCUGAAGAAAAUUCGUUUCCAAAUUUUAAUAUGAAAAAAUUCAUGAGAAAUACUGUAGAUGACAAGGGCUUAGAAGAAUUAGAGAAAUUAACUGAUAUAGAACAACUUCUUCAAAGCUGUGAUGAAGAAGCAAAUAUGGGAACUGAAAGCGAUUCUGACUUUUUGAGUCAUCAGUUUUAUGCCGAUUUUAAAGCAACACGCGACAGUAGUCCAUUUCAACGUACAGCUGAGUCGUAUAGAAUGCUGACAAUACCGUAUCAAAAGAAAAGGUUUCAGGAUCAUAAAUAUUUCAAUGAGGUUAUUGUGACAAUCCGUUUUUACAAGCCUAAAGAUUAUGCGAAGAAAUAUGUUUUUGAAGAAGAAUUUCAAUGUUUGGGAAGUAAUUUAUUGUGUGAGUUACGUGACAAAAUCAAAUGUAUUUGCAAGAAAAAGAGAUUUUUCGAUAUAAGCGAUGAUCCAUUUGCUGAACUUCCUGAUACGUUAUCGAAUCCUGCAUUUUUUUUUAUAACUGACACAUUUUACAAUGAUAUGCGUAAUCCACAAACUCCUGACUAUUCAAAGGUAAUUCUAGAAUGGGCCAAGGAAGCCAAGGGUUACGAAAACUUUGAAUUAAAUGUGAAAAAUAUGCAGGAUACGCGUUUUCUGGAUUUGUCGGUUAGUUUUGGAUUUCCGCAGCUUUAUAUGCAUCAUGGAAAUUGCGAACAUGUGUUCGUCUUUUCGCAACUGGAUAUUUUGACUCCAAAUAAAUAUAACGUAGACCCAAAAUGCUAUCCACUGUUGGUAUCGUACAACACAUACAACAAUCGUAUAUGUCCAAUGUGCGCGAAACAGAACUACACUUUCAUAGUGGAAAAUAGUAAUCGACAACUGCAUGAUCUGACUCCUUUAUGCCUUGAUUGUCUAACGGGUUUUCACUACAUAGAUGACAUCAAACAACAUAAUUUUAAUGCCUAUCGUGUUCGUGAGAUUGAAGACAAUAGAAAUGGCAGAACUGAAGAUGGAAAUAGAUUAUCAACUGAUGAAAAUGCGUCAUCAACUGAUGAAAAUACUAUUUAAUAAAAAAAAUA